CUGUUGUCUACUGCUUUCAUUCCCUGGUAUAUAAAACUUAUUGCUCUUUAUCACCAUAAGUUCAUCAUAUAUCUACUACUUUGUGGCUCUCUGAGUUGUAUAAUCUAUGUGACUCCCUUAGUGUAGGUUAUGUCCUUCCCACAAGUGCAAUGAGGUAGGAUUAUUGGGUGUCUUUUCUUUUUCUUUUUUGAUUGAUGACAACUAUUAGGAAAAAAAACUCAAACAUGGAGAAGCAAAACUAAUGGAACAAGAUAAAGCUAUAUGCUUAAGGGGAUUAGGAGACUGUAUAGGAAUUGUGUUGGAGUGUAUGUUGAAGUAUAUAUCUACUACCACUUGAAAAGACGGAAGACUUCAACAUGUUUUCCAACUUGUCAUUCAAAAACUGCUCUUCAAUAAAGUGGUCAUGUCUUUAGUGUCCUGCUUCAGAAUUUUACUCCAUUGAAGACUUAGUCACAGUCAAACUAUAUACUUCCGUUAAUCAGGUUACUCUAAAAUUAUUAGAUUGAACUUCGUACUAUGCCUUAGCUUCUUAAUGAGGUCUACUCUAAUAUUUUUGUUUGUUCAAAUCUAUCCAAUCCAAAGACCUUAUUCAUGGUAAGCAACAUUAAUUAUUAUGUGAUGCAUGACAUGACAUUAAUUUGAUUACUUAAAUCUUACUUGCAUUUACUAUCAGACAUGGACAAAACUUGGAUGAAAAUGGGCAUGACAGCAGAUGGAAGAAUUAGUCAGUUGUAUUAUAAUGGUGUUACUUCGUUUAUUCAAUUUGCAAGAGCGGUUAUUGAUGCACAAGGCUAUAUUCCGUGUCCGUGUCUAAAGUGUGUAAACUUUUACCGGAAAAGUCCAGAAGUUGUGCGAAUUCAUUUGAUUCAACAUGGGAUUAUGCAAAGUUACACUAUCUGGCAUGAGCAUGGAGAACCCCGUGAAUUAGAUGAUGUUCGGCAUCAUGAAAUGAGAGAUGGUGAUCUAGGUGGUAUGGAUGCUUUGGUGGAAGAUCGAAUAAGAGGGGAACCAAUAGAUGCGACCCAACAUGAGGAAGUGCAGAACUUUGAUAAACUUUUGAAUGAUUCCCAGCGCGAGAUAUACCCAGAAAUGUCUAGAGGAGAAAAAGUGUCUACCAAAAAAAAACAAGGAAAAGUAAUGCUCCAGCCUAAUUUUCUAGCAACUCAUUACAAAACACAUUAUGAGAGGAUAAGAGAUGAGAAAGUAAAGAGGAACAAUGAGGUAUUGGAAUCUCUUGGGGUUAUGAAAAUUGCAACAUCUAUGAUGGGAUCAGCUCGGCACCAGUGUGCUAAUGAUAAUGGGAAGCGUGGUAGGGCUGAUCAGGUGGACGACCCUGACUAUAUGCUAUCAAAUGAUGAGGAUGGUCAUGGCUAUAACAGUGAGUCUAAUGACUCUUUCGAGCAAGAGGACAUAGAGACACCACCAGGUGGUCUACCAGCACAAUCACAUACAGAGCCACAAUGUGGUGCAACUCUGAUCUCCGAGAGGGUCACCCGAUCAACACCUCAUCCCAGCAUGGAAAGCCAAGCCUCACUGCCUCCCAUUGCUCAGCCACAAAAUGACGUGCUACCUGAGAACAAUGGCGAAAUUAAUAGACCUACCCGUGGACCUACGCGAGGCAUUGAAGCUCAGGGACUCAUUGACAAACAAGGAAAGCUUCCAGUUCCCAUUCCACAACUAUUUCGUGCGCCGGUAGGAAAGCAUGCUGCUCAAUUGGCCUCAAGGAUUGGUGUCGAGGUUCGCACACAUGUGAUAGACGUUGGCGUCCCUAGGUGGAAGGCAGUAGAUGAGAGUGUUAAAGCACCUAUACUUCAGCACAUAAUGAUUGAAUACACAUAAGGUUUGUAGGGGGGAAGAUGGUAUAUAGACGUUCUUCUAUGAAGACUUUUUGUUUGGAUAUAUGAAGACUCCUUUUUGGGAUGAAGGUCCGAGUCUUCUUUUUUGGAUGUAUGCUUCUAUGAAGACUCCUUUUUGGGAUGAAGGUCCGAGUCUUCUUUUCUGGAUAUAUGCUUCUAUGAAGACUCCUUUUUUGGAUGAAGUUCCGAGUCUUCUUUUUUCAUUUUAAUGAUGCUACAGAACUAUGAUGAACAUAUAUGGUAUGGUCUACCUUUCAUGUUUUUGUCAUGGGAAUAUUGAUGCUUUAGAUCCUAUGGUUGAAUGGACAUUAAUUUGGUAUAGAAUACAUAGUUUUUGUGGUUAAUGGAUAUCUAGUUUGGCACAUGAUUAUAAUGGUUUACAAAGAUGUAUUGGCUAUUAUGGUGUAA